CAUUGUAUUCCCCACAACUUUCAAUUCAUUUAUAUCAAGAGAAAUUUGCAAGUACUAUAUCGGACUGCCAAUGAUUUUUAUACGUUUGCUAAAAUAUUUUAUGUGAUAUAGACUAUAAGUUGUUGAUAAAGGCCAUAUUACAGUGUAAAAAUGGAAACUAAACAGGAUAGUCACGACAUUGAAGCACAGACAGUAAAAGGUUUUGAAUUCAAUGACGCUUCAAUACGAAGAGGAUUCAUCCGAAAGGUUUAUGCCAUACUUUCACUCCAAGUAGCAAUAACAACUGGAGUCAUCAGCUGGUUUAUAUUCCACGAACCAACCAAACUAUAUGUUCAACGCCAUCCUGUACUUCUAUUGAUUGCUUUGGUACUGAUUCUAGUUACGAUCAUUGCUUUGGCAUGUUGUGGACAACUGAGGAGACAGUACCCGGCCAAUCUUAUAUUCUUAUUUAUAUUUACAAUAGCUGAAAGCUUCCUCUUGGGUACAAUUUCUUCAUAUUAUGACAUCGAUGUAGUGGUCAUAGCUGCAGGUGCAACCGUCAUCAUAUGCCUUGGACUUACUGUGUUUGCCUUUCAAUCUAGAAUAGAUUUUAGUGUUUGCUCUGGAAUUCUCGUGGCUCUAUCUCUGGUGAUUCUCAGUUUCGGCAUCACCGCCAUCUUCUAUCAAAAUGACAAAUUCCGGUUGCUGAUAGCAGCGUUCAUUGUUAUUUUCUUUUCAAUAUACUUGGUAGUUGAUACGCAACUGAUAAUUGGAGGAGCUGGGAAGAUCAGUCUCUCUCCUGAAGAGUACAUCUUUGCUGCACUUAACCUAUACCUGGAUAUUAUUAACAUUUUUUUGUAUAUCUUACUCAUUGUUGGUCGUGCUGCGCGAUAAUAUUAAGGUUUUGUAUCAGUUAGAUAUAAGUUACUGUAAGCUAUCAAGAAAAUUUAGAUAAGACAA